AUGCAACGUGAGGUAAUAAAGUGGCUUCAAUCACUUGACUUAACAUAUCAAGUGAAAUACCCUCAACAAGAUCUUUCCAAUGGCUUUAUAUUGGCAGAGAUUGCCAGUCGCUAUGAUCGACGUGUUGCCAUGCACAGUUACGUGCCUGGUUGCUCAACCGAAUGUAAACGACGUAAUUGGAAAGUAUUACUUCGGGAUUUGGCUCGCAUUGGCUGUACCACUAUCACUAAAGAAAUGGCAGAGGCGACCAUACAAGCAAAGCCAGGCGUCGCUAUUACAGUGUUGGAGAAUUUAUAUGAAUUUUUCUACGGCCGCCCAGUCCCUGCAAGGACGAAAGAUAAUACUGAACAGGUAACUGCCAUGGUGAAAGUGAUUGACACCCUCAGUGAGAGAAAAGAACCAACCCCUACAUCUUCGCAGAAGGAAAGAUCACUUCCAUUAUCUUUACAGGUAAUGGAAAAUGAUGAAAUUGCACUUGGAAGUGGUUUACAAAAACCAGGAUUUGCAAGACCUACAGCAUCUACAUUAUUACAUGUUGCUAAUCGAGAAACACGAAAUGCUCAAUUAAUUGCUUCUGUUCCUCCAGAUGAAUUAAGAGUAUUAAAACGGAAUGAAAAGAUUUUAAAUGAGCAUGAAAUUCUUCAUAAGGCAUAUCGUUAUGCGGAACCUCACCGGUUUGCACCUGUUAGUCAUCAACGUCGUGUACUUGCGGAGAAAAAGAGCCGAAAAGGAGUAACAGGACCUAAAGGAAUUCAUGAUGCUCAUCGAAAAACUGUAGAAAGAGUAUCUGUUGUAGAAGUAAAUACAUUAAAUAAGAAACUUCUUGGUGCACUUCGUUCUCGACAGAAUAGUUUUGAUGGAACAGGGGAAAGGGGAAUGGAUGAGUCACCAGAGAGAAAAGCAAGAGUCGUAUUAGAAGAAUGUGGUAAUGAUCUUCGUUUAGGAUUAUCAAAAUUAAUUGAUAUUGCAUUGGAAUCCAAUUGUUUUGGUGAUGUUUUAGAAGAUUUAAAAAAUGAAGAAGUUCAACCUGAUAUUUUAUCUAAUUUUGUAGGUCAACGUGAACAAAUGCCCUUUGGAGCUGUUCUUGCCUGUUGGUCUUCACUUUUAUCUGCCAGUGAUGGCAUUGCCUCUACACUUCUUAUUCGUCCAACGGAGUAUAUGUAUCUCUUACGAGCAAUACAUUUUAUUUUCGCUGCUGAAGUUGUUCACAUUCGACUUUUACACGUGUCAAGUUCACAGGAAAAAGAUUCCGUCUUGCAGGGAGGACUUGAUACCACAAAUAAAGUUCCACGUGGAGGUCGUCGGGCUCAACGUAGUAUGAGUGUGUGUGAUUCCAUUCUCAUGUUAACAGAUUCUGUAAAACCUCAACAAGCGUUAUUUUCAAAUGAACGUGUAUUUAAUGUAACUUCUGCUUUUUCUUUCUUUUGCCGUAUUGGUGCUUCUUUGCAUGCUAUUUCACCUUCAGCGGCACUUUCACUGUUGACUAUGUAUUUUAUUCCAACAGCAUCGCCAUUGUUUUUAACAGCGAGUGUGGCCAUUUUGGAGGCGAUUGCCCGAGUUGUGGUGUCUCAUGUCUGUGGAGAUGGUUCUGAUGAAAUUAUCACAGAACGUCCAUCCAUUCAUGUGGAUUUGUCUGGAAAGGAACAACAACAACAACAACAACAACAAGGACAGGAAUCUCAUGAAGAACAAAAGAAACAAAUAAUUCCAAAAUGGAAUGCUAUAGAAGAAUUGAAUAAUCUUCUUACUGGACCCAUUAAGGCAGCAUUUUUUCAAAAUGGAACGAAUAAAUCUACUACUAGUGGUACACAACAACAACGGAUUCAAUAUAAUCUUUUUAUAUACCAAGUUCUUUCUCAUGCUCGAACUGUUUUAGAUAUGACUGCUGAAGUAAUGAUAGAAGAGGAAGCUAAUGCAUCACUUUCAUUAUUAGCACCUCGACAUUAUUUAUCUUCACUACUAGAUGUAUGUUCACGUAGCGUUUAUCCUUCUCUUGGUUCACUUUCCCUACAUGAACGCUCUAUUGGAGUAGCUAUGCUACUACAACUUAUCGCAUGUGAUCAAUGGGAAUUGGCUAUUGAUCCACUUGUUUUUGUUAUUUCUGAACUGCGAAGGUCUAAUAAUACCGAAGGUGGUGGUGUUGGUGGUGGUGGUUUACUUCAACGAGCUGCAGAAGCCUGGGAAAUUCGUGUACUUUUACUGGAAUUACUCACAACCGCCUUUCGUAAGGCAUUAUAUGUAAUGGCUGAUGAGUGUGAAGAAGUAGAAAAUAGUACAACAAUGCCACCUUCUUCUUCUUCUACAAGUUCAAGAGUUUCUCUUCUUGCCCAAAUCAUUAAACAAAAAAUGGAUUUCACUGCCCUUGAAGAAGCCACUGUAUAUUGUCUUUUACAAUUCUCAGAUGCUCCUCUUUUACAACGUCAAUUGGCUCUUCAAAUCGUUGCCCGACGUCUUCUUCCGGAUGAACAACGUCAAGUCGCGGCUGUCUGGUUGCGGGGUUUAUUUGUUUUCUCUGUGGAUCAAUUAGACUUUCUCCUCCGACCACACGAGGCGGAACCACUAAACAUGCCGGAUCCCACAGAAGCCACUCAACGCCGUGCAAUUCCAUCCGCCACCACAAGUCGUCGUGCAACUAUUGUGGAGGAUGUGGAAGAGAGAAGUGUGAUUUCUUCUCUGCGGGUUUUGUUGGGACGUGUGGAGCCCGCAUAUGUUGUGGCCCCACUCAAUCAAUCAUGGGAUACAUUUAGUGUCGUACAGGCGGCAUUAAUGUUUGAGGAUAUACUCACAACGGCUCAGUUGUUUUCAGUUAUCUUGGCAGCCUUGUUAAGUCCACAACAUCAUGAAACUCAACGGGUACGACUUAUGCAGAAUCUUCGUGCGGUUAAUAUUGUUUCUUCAGAAGGAGCUGUAGUGGAUAUACGGAGUGGUAGGAAUUCUGAAACGAAAGAAGAAUCUUCUUAUUUUUCUGUUCAUAAACAUUCCGACGAGGAUGAAGAAGAUACCGCGGCGCUGACGUUUACACUUCGAAGUCUAGUGGGAAUGGAAGGUCGAAAGGGAGUGACAGCUGUGGAGGUGGUGAAGGAUAAAACUAAAGAAGAAACCAAUGAUGAUGAUGAUGUUAACGAGAAACCAGAAACAGGUGAAGCGACUGAAACUGUAAAUAAAGAAAAUGAUAUUUUAGAAAUGAUGGAAUCACAUGUAAAGGCAUUUUGGUCCUCUGUUACACGUUUGAUUAAACCACAACUACAAGAAUGUUUACAUCAAACUGGGAAUAAUGUAUUAGCGACAGGGAAAGAAGAUGUGCGGUCAGUCUGCCGUAUUUCAGCAUCGGAGGAUAUUGCGCAAUUACAAGAUCUCGCAAUGGCAGUACUGUUCACACUACACCGCCGUUAUGGCGGUUCUUCUUCAUCUACUGGUACUAAUACUAAUACUAAUACUGCUGCUGCUCUUACACCUAAUGAAAGUCGACUUAAUGAGGCUCUUCAUUGGUUGGAAAAUAUGUAG